GUCUCCGAUUGAGCACUUUGUAUGAAUUGAACCAUCAUCAGGAAAGUUCGUUUCGUGCGUAGUGCAGCUAGCAAAGAAAGAAAAACUUUGAGUAUAGCAGGCGACGAAUAGCGUAGUUUUAUUCGAAUUAUUUUCAAUCGUAAUUAGCCCUCGAAAGUGGAGACAAACUGUAGAACAAAAUCCGAUGAGAACGCGAAAUUGAAGGUUCUGUCACAGCGCAGCAUAGUUAAGACGUCGUCGGUCUGGUGUUCUUUCUCUAGCGUUUGAAGAAAAAAGAAAUUCGGUUUUCGCUGGCUUCGUUGAGUUUGAAACACAAUGUCCGAGAAUCGGGAAGAAAUUUUGGCUAAUUUUCAGAGUAUUACUGCAAUUGAGGAUGUAGUUGAAGCAAUUUAUCACCUGGAUGAAAGCAACUGGGAUCUUUUGGUCGCGGUUCAUAGAGUGUUACCGCAGGAUCCACAAGAGCAGCGCACAUCAGCUGGAAGUACAGGUGAUGGUGGUGGUAGUAGUAGCAGUGCCUCUAUGAUGAACAUGAUAAACUUCAGUAGUGACAGCGUAGCAACGGGAUCAGCUUUUACUAGCUCUUCAAAUAACCUGAACACCUUAGAAGCUAUGGCAAAUGUGGAGGAACUUAUGACAGCACCCUCGUCUCCGGUAAAAAAUGCACUUGGUGCAAGCAGUGAUGCUUCUAGUAAUAAUCGCAGCCUGGAUGCUGACUUUUCUUUUGAUGAUUCGUUUGGAUUUAUAGAACCAGGAGCAUCUUCUUCGCGAUCUAGCAGUAACAACGAUUUCCGUAGUGCACUGAACUAUUUAGACACCAAACCGCAUGAAGUUGUAUUUAGAAUUCACUUUAACAACGAGCUGCACUUACUAAGCAUAUCGAAUCAUGCCACGGUGGGCGAAUUAAAAACCAAGAUUUGCGAAAAAACUGGUGUUCCAGUUUGUCGACAGGCGCUGAAAGGAUGGGAACAGGGCAAGCAAAAGGGGGUCCAAAACUCCACAACGGUGCUCAAAUCGCUCAAUAUAGGCAAGGAAGUUAAUCUCAUUCUGACAGAUAUGACUGUUGAGGGCUUUGUUGGAGAAUCCAGCGAUCCACUUUCCUCGCAGAACAAGCAAAUCUACACACUGCAUAUUAAUGUCCAACCAGAAGCUAGUUUGUUGGUACUCAAAUUUCCUGGGCAACAGAAUAUUCUGUCUAUCAAAACGGAUUUGUACUCUAUCACGGACAUUCCGGUACGGCACCAGGUGUGGUCUGGCUGGCCCAACAAUGUCACCAAUAGCACGACACUGGCAGAAUCCGGUGUUGAGAGGGAACAUAAUCUGGUGCUGAAACGAGCCGACCAGGACGGGUCAGUGAAAAUAACCAAUAAUAACACUGCAGCUAAUACGGCUAGUACCAGUACCAGUAGUAGCAGCAGAAAUGUUUACAAUAAUAGUGACAGCAUGCCCAUCAUUAUUGAUUCCGAGAGCAGCGGUGAGGAGUUUGAGGAUGCGUCAGACUUCAAUAAUGAUGACGAUAUAUUCACGGAGACGCCCAUCAACAGCCACUUGAAGCAUUUGAUCCCUGACAAUGUGGACGACGAAACGAUCGGAAGCAUACAGUUUGUGGAAAAUUUCGUAGAGCGGUACGGCCCGCAACAUCCAAUGUUUUUCCAGGGAAGUUUGGAAGAUGCACUAAAGGAAGCUUGCCGUCCCUCGGCUCGAGAUCGCAAACUAAUGGCGAUCUAUCUGCACCAUGAUGGUAGCGUACUGACGAAUGUAUUCUGUGGCCAGCUGCUUGCAUGUGAAAGCAUAAUUCAAAUGUUUUUGGAUCAUUAUGUACUCUAUGGUUGGGAUCUCACAUUCGAAAGCAAUAAGAAUAUGUUUUUAUCGUCCAUUUCGGCUUGUGUUGGAAUGACUGCUUCGAUUACAGUUCGGAACAUUCCAACUGAUAGAUUACCAGCCAUACUUGUGAUAGCAAAAAAUCGUAGCCAAUGCGAGGUUUUCCAGGUUAUUUAUGGUAAUGUCAGUGUUGACGAUUUACUAUCACAACUGAUGGAAGCAGCCGACAUGUACAGUGAACAGCUGAAGAUUGAACUACGUGAAGAAAAUGAACGCCUAGCUAGGGAGCAGGUUAAGUUGGAGCAAGAUGCUGCCUACCGCGAAAGUUUGGAAGCGGACCGGGCGAAACAAGAGGCCAAACGUCAGAAAGAAUUGAUGAUGCAGACUGAACGGCGUCGGCUGGAGUCUGAACGAGCUGAUGCAGAAGCGAAACGAGAACUAAUUCGGGUUAAUGCCAGAAUUACAGUCCCUCCUGAGCCAGACCAGAUAGCUGGAGAAAAUAUAACCAAAAUUAGAAUUAGACCCCCGACGGGUCCGAUGAUAGAGAGGCGAUUCACGACCGACACUUCUCUGCAAAUCUUGUUAAAUUUUAUUACAGGGGAAGGGUUCCUGAUUGAUGAGUACAAGGUGAUUUCCAGCUGGCCACGACGCGAUCUCACGGCACUGAACUACAAACAAACUUUGAAAGAACUCAAAUUAUACCCGCAGGAAACGUUAAUCUUGGAGGAGCGAUGAUUGCCUCACUGUUUGUUGUACUACCAAGAAGACCGUAACCUACCCUCAAAACCCGUCACUGUUUUCGAAACAUGAAGUACUAUUAAGUGACAUAAAAUAACAAGAUUCAUACCUGUUUAUAUUUUCCUUAUAACGGUCAGUCAUUGAAUGCUUUGAAUUUUCACCCAAAAUUUCCGUUUUGUUCUGAACCUGCUUGAGAAUUCCAGACAAAACCAUUUUGAAUCAUAUUAUAAAUUUUCUUUUAAAAAUGAAUGACAUAUUUAUUUAGAAACGUUCGGCUCUAUUAUUAACUUAGUGUUUGGCACCGACAGUUUCUCUUGCUUAUCAUCGGUUUGUACUACAUUGCAGAACGGUAUAAUUUCUGAUACAGAAAUGUAAAACAAAAUUUCAUGCUUAAACUUCAGUUCUUAAAUCGAGGAAGAUCAAACGACAGAUGAAAUAGCAGUGGAAAAGUUGUACAGAUAAAUCAAAUAAUUAAUAUGCCAAUCAGGCAGUGCAGAAAAUAAACAGUGGUCCUCAAAGAUA